CGCCCGCUGCCUCCGGCUGCCGACUCGGCCCGCACUGCGGCCCUGCAGCCGCCACCAUGUCGCUGCACGGCAAACGGAAGGAGAUCUAUAAGUAUGAAGCGCCCUGGACUGUCUACGCCAUGAACUGGAGCGUGCGUCCUGACAAGCGCUUUCGCCUGGCGCUGGGCAGCUUCGUGGAGGAGUACAACAACAAGGUCCAGCUUGUUGGUUUAGAUGAGGAGAGUUCCGAGUUCAUUUGCCGAAACACCUUUGACCAUCCGUACCCCACCACAAAGCUCAUGUGGAUCCCUGAUACAAAAGGCGUCUAUCCAGAUCUCCUGGCUACAAGUGGCGACUAUCUCCGUGUGUGGAGGGUUGGGGAAACAGAGACCAGACUGGAGUGUUUGCUGAACAAUAACAAGAACUCUGACUUCUGUGCGCCGCUGACCUCCUUUGACUGGAAUGAAGUGGAUCCUUAUCUUUUAGGGACCUCAAGCAUUGAUACAACCUGUACCAUCUGGGGCCUGGAGACUGGGCAGGUGCUGGGGCGAGUCAACCUUGUGUCUGGUCACGUGAAGACCCAGCUGAUCGCCCAUGACAAAGAGGUCUAUGAUAUUGCAUUUAGCCGGGCUGGAGGUGGCCGGGACAUGUUUGCCUCUGUGGGCGCUGACGGCUCUGUGCGGAUGUUUGACCUCCGCCAUCUGGAACACAGCACCAUCAUCUAUGAGGACCCACAGCAUCACCCGCUGCUGCGUCUCUGCUGGAAUAAGCAAGACCCUAACUACCUGGCUACCAUGGCCAUGGAUGGAAUGGAGGUGGUGAUCCUGGAUGUCCGAGUUCCCUGCACACCUGUCGCCAGGUUAAACAACCACCGAGCAUGUGUCAAUGGCAUUGCUUGGGCCCCACAUUCUUCCUGCCACAUUUGUACUGCAGCGGACGACCAUCAGGCGCUCAUCUGGGACAUUCAGCAAAUGCCCCGGGCCAUCGAGGACCCUAUCCUGGCCUACACAGCUGAGGGAGAGAUCAACAACGUCCAGUGGGCAUCGACCCAGCCAGACUGGAUCGCCAUCUGCUACAACAACUGCCUGGAGAUCCUCCGUGUGUAGUGCUGGUGCUGCCAGGCCAGUGAGGCAGGGGUGCUGUGCUGCCCGCCUCUGCUCCACCCCGAAAGUAAGAAGACACUUUUCCAGAGGCCAGUAUGUCUUUCGUUGCUUUGCACCCACUGGUACCAGAAGCUGCUCUAGGAGUACCUGGCCAGUCACCCCGUUGGUCUCUGGGCCGGACUCAGGGCUGGGUGGCACCUCCUCAGCCCCAGGGCCGAGUUGGAAGAUUUCCUCUCCUUCCCUCUUCUCCUCUGGCUCCUCAAGUAA